AUGCAGCUGGAGGGCCCCCAGCUGCGCGUGACGCUGGACGAGCCGUCGGGGGCGGAGGCGGAGGAGGAGGAGGCGAUGGAGGCGGAGGCGGCGGCGGGGGCGGGGGCGGUGCCGGUGCCGGCGACGGGGGCGCGGUCGCGGUCGCGCGGGUCGCUGUCCGCCGCGCGCAGCCCCUCGGCCUCCGUGUCCCCCUGCAGCGGGCCCUCGCCCUCCUUCCUGUCGCCGCACUUCGCCGCCCGCAACUCGCUCUGCUCCGUCUCCGAUUACUCGUUCCGGCGGCGGCGGCCCAUCACGCUGAAGAUCAUGCCGCGGCUGUCGCUGCCGCUGCCGCUGGCCGGGCGCAGCACGUCGGCCCCCGCCUCCACCGACUGCUCUUGCGCCUGCCCCUGCGCCUGCGACUGCGCCUGCGACUGCGACUGGGCGGACUUAGCUACAAAUUAUAGAAGUUUCAGACAUGGGGGUCUAUGA